UUUGUUAUACGGUGGUACUAUUGAAAAUGUGUUGAGUUUCUGUAUUUCCCGAAUACUUUCAUAAACAUAAGAACUAUUUAGUUUGUGAAAAGUUCCACGUACCAGUGCCUUUUCAGAGAAUUUAGUGCAUCCUGGCUUUUAGCACAACCAACAGUGCUAACCAAAGAGUAGUGCAAUAAUUGCACAACAUUUUCCGAAAAGUAUAUGGCACAAUCAUUUAGUAUGCAAAAUUACUAUAAACUUACCGAUGUUUUCAAAAAUCUUAUUUUCAGGGAUAACCUCCCUUAUGGACUAAAUUGUGUGUUAAUGAUCUCUCUUUAUAUUGUCCACCGUAUUUUCAACAUAACUUUUAACUGAAAAAGCCUUAGAAUGAAUUCACACGUUACUUCGUCAAAAAAUGACAAACUCCGUGAACAAAUAUUUGAUUACCCAAAUUACUUUUCUACAGAAGAUGAAAACUCGCACUGGAAGCGUUCAACUAGUGAUGCGAGCUUUUUUCUCGACGGAAAGCAACUUACAGACGAACAUGACACAUCCGGGAGUGUUUCAGAGCAGGCAAGAGUUUAUUGGAAUUUGCCAGAAGCCGUGGAAGCUUCGGUAACACCUAAUUUUGGAAGUGACAGGUCAAAAUGCAGCUAUGAAGUACGCAGACUAGAAAAGUUAUCGACUGGUUCUGCAACAUCACGUGUUCAAGUACAUCGUGUGCAUUUUCAAGAGCAUAACUUACCAUCAAUAAUACGAAAAGAUGGAGCAAAUCGUUCACAGAGUACGCCAUUUUCACCAUUUCAAAAUAUGGAUAGUACACGUUUACUGGAACAGUUUAAAGAGCAGCAGCAACAUCAAGAUUAUAAUCUCGAUUCAACUCGAUUAUUAUCUGUUCAUCAUCAUUCAAAAUCCGACACAAAUCAAUCAAUAUCAUCAAGUUCUAAAUUCAUUUUAAAGUCUACUGAUCAUCAAUCCGAUCUUGCAAAUAAUGAUUCGGUUAUCAUAGAUAAUAAAGCCGUUAAAAAAGAAUAUAUUAAAGAAUCAACCACAUCAUCUUCAUCAACAUUAUCAAGUACUCUUAAUAACAGAUUCGAUUCAUAUUUAAAUCAUGUCGAUAACAAUCUUUGUAAUAAAAUUAUUAAUGAUAUUAAUUCCAAAAGCCAUGACAACUUCAAAAUGAUUGAACAAAAAAUGAUGUCAGAAAUGGAGAAACUACGACUUAUUUCAUUGUCACCCUCUACCGUUUCAUCAUCAUCAUUAUCGAACAUAUCACAACUAUUAGAUAAUACUGAUACUAUUAUAAAAACAACGGCUCCAUUGCUACAGAACAAUAACUCCGUACUUGUACGAAAUGAAAAAGAUAUGAGUCGUUUAAAUGAAGAAUAUAAGACCAUAACAAACUGUGAAUAUUGGUUAACUAAAGCACGUCAGGCAUGUGAAAAUCAAUUUGAUUUGAAUAUUCUAACUGACGAUCUUAUAAAACCUGAUGGUCUUUUGGAAACAGUUGCAUCAAGGCUUAUCAAACCUGUUGAGUCUAUUUCGGAAGAACCAAAUUUUGAUCUUUCUCAGAAUACGCAUGAGCAAGAUUCUCACAAAGAAGGUUCGAAAACAAGUGAACUACUCACAGAGUCUACAGAUAAAGUUGAUGGAAAACCUCUGAAAUUACUUACCGAUACAACACCAGAUUUGGAUCUUGUAAAGACCAGUCAGUACAAUGAAGCUAACAGACGAGUGGUUAUUGGUUCGGCACGACUUCUGAGUCAGAUUUUGUCAGAAAAUCACUUGCUCAAUAUACUAGAUGAAAAAUUAAUUUCACAAAAGCAUCCCAACUUUCUGUGUAAAGAUGAAUUUAACAAAAUAGAUAAGUUAAUCAUUAGAAAGCAAGAAUCCGCUCCAUGUACCAGUACCUCACCCACCUAUGAUAAUGAUUAUGAAAAGUCAAUUGAUACAACCAGUACUACAAAACUGUCAUCUCCCGCAAUUUUAUCGUCAACUCAAAAAUCUCCACUAAGCGAUAAUCAAUUACCAUCGAAUGGGCAUAUAACUGAAUUGCUAAAGAAUAUUAUUGGGAAGUGUUGGGAAUACCGUGAAGAUGUAGAUGUUUAUCGUGAAUAUCUAGGAAUCUUGGAACCAUUAUUAAAACAUACAGAAACAAUGUGUGAUACAGUGGUUGAAAAUGGUGGUCUUCGUAGUUUAAUUUAUGCUUGUCGUUCAAGUGACUUACCAUCUCUACGUCAAACAGCUGUAUGUUUAAUGAAUUUAGCGGUAUUUGGUGGAAGUGGAAGUCAUAGUGAAAUGAUGCGUCAACAUGCAAUUGAAUGGUUAUUUUGUUUAGCUUUUCAUCAAGAUGAAGUAAUUAAAUAUUUUGCAUGCUUAACUAGUGCUGUACUAUCUACUAAUCCUGAAUUAGUCGCUGCAGUAAAUGCUUCUUGUACACUCGACCUAGUGAUGCCUUUUGUACGUUCACAUUCACCGAUAGAAUUCGCUCGUCAAAAUUUAGUUGCUGCUUUUCAACACUCUUGUAAGAAUAAUGUAUCAGAUACUUCAGAGCCACAAAAAUCUCUUUCUAGUAAUCCAUCAGAUCUUUCAAAAUAUUGCUGUGAAAAUCAGUAUACAGGUGGAUCGGCUGAUUGGUUGAAACGAUUAAUACCAGUUAUGUUCAGUAAACAAUUUGAACCACGUGUUUUAGUCGCUUUUCAUUUUGCUGUUGAAGCUACACUGAAAUCUGAUAUGAAUUGCAGUCAGGCUUUCUACGAAUCAGAAAUUGUGGAAAUAUUACGUAAUGUUGUCUGUAGUUCAACCUUUCUUGAGUCGAAAUUUGCAGCAAUGGCUCUGCAUAUUUUAGGUGAAAACGUUCCUUCUAGAUUGCCAGCCCAAGUACCUUUAUGGGAUUACGCUGAAGUUGAAUGCUGGUUGAUUCGUAGAGGAUUUGAAGAUUUGGCUGCUAAAUUUUCAGAGCUACGUGUUGAUGGCGAUUUAUUACUUAAACUAGAUGAAUUCAAAUUAGAGAAGGAUCUAGGACUUGUAAAUGGAAUUACACGAUCACGAUUAUUACGUGAAUUAUGCUCUUUGAAGAUUAAUGCCGAUUACUCAGCUGUCGAUCCAACUGGAAUUUCCACUUGGCUACGUGAAGCCACACGUAUUACUGCUUUGAAUAAUAUUAAUACACCAAUAAAUGUGAAUACAUCAGAUUACAGUAUGAUUGAAAACGAUUUUCAGUGGACAACAGCUUCUAAUUCCAAGUAUUGUUACACACAUGAUUUAUCUUGUUUAAAUCAAUCAUUUGAUCUUCUGCAAUACGCAUAUAAUUUUAUUUCAGCCGGUGUGCAUUAUCCUUUCUUGCCUUAUCUAUCAGAUAAAAUGCUUUUAGAAGAUUGUCGUAUUAAAAAUGGGAUACAUCGUAAACGAAUUUUAGAAGCGAUUCAAUCUUCCAUAUCAUCACAAAAUCAGUUACGUCUUACAGAUAAAGAUUCCAAAUUAAACACUUUAAGUCAUCCAAACAAAUAUAUUGAUAUAUUUAUUUCUUAUCGUCGUUCAACUGGUUCUCAGUUGGCGAGUUUAUUGAAAGUUCAUUUUCAUUUACGUGGUUAUCGAGUGUUUUUAGAUAUUGAUCGUUUAACUGCUGGAAAAUUUCAUGAAUCACUACUUCAUUCUAUUAAAUCAUCAUAUAAUUUUGUUCUUGUUUUAACAUCAAGAGCAUUAGAUAGAUGUAUAAAUGAUACACAUUGUACAGAUUGGAUACAUAAAGAACUUGUAUGUGCAUUAGAAAGUGGAUGUAAUAUCAUACCAAUUACGGAUAAUUUUACAUGGCCAUCAGCUGAUUCAUUACCAGAAGACAUUAGAUCAAUAACCACCUAUAAUGCAGUAAACUGGAUUCAUGAUUAUCAAGAGGCAUGUAUUGAUAAAGUGGAAAAAUUCAUGAUUAAACCAAUCACUUCAACACCUUUACCAUGUAAUCAAAUUAAACCAUUUAAUCAUUGAAUUAAUCUCCAUUUGGUUUUUAUUAUCUAUCCUUAUUUGAAUUCCCAUACCCUAUCAUCAUUCUUACUUUUUACUUUCUUUAUGAUAACUGAUUGAUUUUCAAAUUUGACUAUGUCAAACAAGAAUAUAUAUUUGCUUGUUUAUUUAAUGAACAAUAUUGAUAAUCCUGUUAAAUUAUGCUCAUUUAUCAUCAUUUAUAUAUAUGAUGAUUGAGUUAUAUUACUACAUUGAUACUUAUUCAUAUGCAUUUAAUGAUUUUCUUUUCUUAAUUAUUGUCAUACAGAUUAACUAUAAUCAAUCAUUCAUAUUGAUCUCAUGAUUAUAUUUAGUUUAUUUUUCUUUCUUGUUUCUUGAAUUAAAAAUUAAAAAAAAAGAAAUUUUUAUUCUGAGACUUUUCCCUGUAUGAAAUUA